AACCACACACAGAAUUGGACCUGAAAGAUUUCUUUCUUGCCACACCUACAGUUUGAACGGCAUGUCUCUCAUAUUCAUCCUGUAAAACUUUUGUAAUCACCUGAAGUCAAAAUGAAGAUUGCAGCCUUCAAUGCAAAAAACCUGGGAUGGAAAAAAGUCACGAACAAGAUGGUGGUCCACUACCUCACCAAGAUCAUGUCUCAGUACAGUGUGGUGGUGAUACUGGAGGUGAUGGAUAAGAGCGGUAAGGCCAUGGAGAAGUUACUGAAAGAGCUCAACAACAACAGCUCCAACAAAAACCGUCCCUACUCCAUGACCGCCAGCUCCCAGCUGGGACGAGACACCUACAAGGAGCGCUUUGUUUGUUUCUACAGAGAGGAUGAUGUGACACUGAAAGCUUGUCAUCAGUAUGAAGAUAAUCAAGAAGGAGAUGAGGACGCCUUCGCCAGAGAACCCUUCAUCCUGCGCUUCCGCUGUCCAUCUACGAAGGUUAAAGAUCUGGUUCUGAUCCCAGUCCACACCAAACCGAACGACUCACUGAAGGAGCUGGACGAGCUGCAUGAUGUAGUCGAUGCUGUCAGGAAGAAGUGGAGGACUAAUAAAAUUAUGAUUUUGGGGGAUUUUAAUGCAGAUGGACGUUAUCUCUCCAAGAGGAAGAAGGAGAAGAUCCGCAUCUCCUCUGCUCCUUAUCAUUGGCUGAUCAAGGAUGGUGUUGACACGACGACCAGUAACUGUAAUGACCACACCUAUGACAGGAUCGUUGUGUACAGACAGACCAUGCUGGACGCCAUCGUCCCCGGCUCGGCCAAGCCCUUCAACUUCCAGAAAGAGUUCAACCUGACGGAUGAACAAACUUUGAGUAUCAGUGACCACUACCCUGUGGAGGUGGAGCUGAAGACCAAUCAGAAAGCACCAGCAGAAAGGACGAUGGCUCUGCCCCGGACAACAAAGACAACAUCCAUCAAAAGACAAACUCAGAAGAAAGGAGCACAGAAGAAGAAGAAGGCCGAGCUGGCUGAAGCACAGAAGAAGAUGGCUGAGCCGGCAGGAGCAAAGAAAAAGAUGAAGGCUGAACAAGUAGCAUUACAGAAGAAUAAGAAAGCUGAUUCAGCAGGAGCACAGAAGAAGAUGAAGACCGAGCUGGCAGGUGCAGAAAAGAAGAAGAAGAAGAAAAAGAAGGCAGAGCCAGCAGGAGCACAGAAGAAGAAGAAGACUGAGUCGCUCAGUCGUUCUCUGCUCAGCCUGUUCUCUGCACGUCUUGCAUCUUCUUAUUAA